AUGGACGGCCUCCCCUUCGACUUUGCCACCCUCAAAAGGGACGAUUUGAAAGGUAUAGGCACUGGAAUAUCAUCCAUAGUCAUCCACAUCAAGGGCACAAACGUCGUUGUCAAAACUUUCCCUCCGCUGGACAAGGACCAAGACUCUGAGAGGAAGAUAUAUGAGCACCUGCAGAACCGGGGCCAGGGACACCCCAACAUCCUCAAAUAUUUUGGUAGAAGCCCUCCAGAAUGCGAGCUGUUGCGCAGUGGCCUCUUGUUAGAGUACCACCCUCGUGGAACUCUGUCGGCUUGUUUUGGUAAGCUAGAUACCAUUUGCGUUCCUGAGACAGAGAGACGCUGCUGGCCCUACCAGGCCGUAUCGGCGGUCGACUACAUACAUUCCCGGGGCGUUGUGCAUGGUGAUAUCGGGCUUCAUAAUUUUCUCGUCCAUGACGACGGCAGGCUGAUCUUAUGCGACUUCGCCGGGUCCGGUAUGGAAGGCAUCCUCCCCACUAUCAGCGCCGGUGUGCGAUAUUCAAAUCCGCAGCGUAAUGGGAACCCCUAUUCGACGGCGGAGGAUGAUAUUUUUGCCCUUGGUACAGUCCUUUACGAGCUCGACCGUGGGGAACGGCUCUUCGACGGUCAGAGCAGCCGGGACAUCUACCGGCAUUUGCGUGACCGGGAGUUUCCUGACUUAUCGAUGGUAGCGCUGCCGCUGAGAUGUAUCAUCAAGGAAUGUUGGGAACUUCCGGGAUACAAAGCUCGCGACGCACUAGCAGAGCUGGAAAUUCAAUCACUAUCCUCCACAAAGUUGCCAUUACCCGGCCUCCGACUUGCUCUUACAACGGCUCUCAUCUUCACCUUUGCGGUAACAUGGGUCACAUUCGAAAUGCUGUAA